AUGAUGCCUUUUGUUCUUCUGUUUCUGGUGAGCGUCUUGUUCCCUGCCACACAGGCCAAGCAGCUGACGAAGUGUGAGGUCCCCCACGCGCUGAAGGACUUGGAUGGUUAUGGCGGCAUCACUUUGCUCAAAUGGGCCUGUAUCAUAUUUCAUACAAGUGGUUAUGACACACAAACCAUAGUCAAAAGCAAUGGCAGCACCGAGUAUGGACUCUUCCAGAUCAGUAACAACUUUUGGUGUAGAAGUAGCCAGCUCCCUCAGUCCAAGAAUGUCUGUGAGAUCACCUGUGACAAGUUAGUGGAUGAUGACCUCACUGAUGACGUGAAAUGUGUCCAGAAGAUUCUGGAUAUCAAGGGAAUCGACUAUUGGUUGGCCCACAAAGCUCUGUGUUCCGAGAAGCUGGACCAGUGGCGCUGUGAGAAGUUGUAG